GUGAGUAGCUCGCCUCUCAGAAUCAGUAUCUCUCUCACACACCUCGAGUGGCAGCCACAAAAAACAGAGCGCAAUAAUCCACUCCUUCCCUAUUUGUGAAAUGGAGAGAAAACAAGGCUUCUUUUCAGCGUUAAAAGAGGAGGUGGUUAGAGGGUUAUCACCAGCGAGGACAAGAGGGAAAAGCCCGGCAAGGAGUGCGUCUCCUAUGUCGAGUUUAAUCAGGCGAAGAAGAGGUAGGAACAAUCACCACCGCGUGGCGCUACCAGAUUCGGUGAUCAUGAGAUCGGCAAGCCUGAGACCGGUGGAGGCUUUAUCGCCAUUGAAGGAAGGACCUGAUCCGGAUGGAACAGAGGGUGGACAUUCGAGGAUGGAAGGGAGGUGGGCGCACUGGAUGAAAGGACAGCUUGUUAGACCUCCGUCAGUGUCAGGUUCUGCAUGUAAACGGUCGGAUCUGAGGUUGCUGCUCGGAGUCUUGGGUGCGCCACUUGCACCAGUGCACGUUAGCACUGCUGAGCCCCUGCCGCAUCUUAGCAUCAAAGACACUCCAAUUGAAACAUCAUCCGCUCAGUACAUAUUACAGCAGUAUACAGCAGCAUCAGGUGGGCAGAAGCUUCAAUCUAUCCACAAUGCUUAUGCUAUGGGAAGGGUAACAAUGAUAGCUUCCGAGUUUGAGAAGGGUAACAAGGUUACACGGAAUCGGAAUUCGUCCAAAGGUGCAGAGUCGGGUGGAUUUGUGCUGUGGCAGAUGAAUCCAGAUAUGUGGUAUGUGGAGCUAGCACUUGGUGGCAGCAAGGUGCAUGCCGGAUGCAAUGGGAAGCUUGUAUGGAGGCAUACACCUUGGCUUGGAGCACAUGCUGCCAAAGGUCCUGUCAGACCUUUGCGUCGUGCCCUUCAGGGUCUUGACCCAAGAACCACGACCAGUAUGUUUAUUGAUGCAAGAUGCAUUGGGGAGAAGAAGAUCAAUGGAGAGGAUUGCUUCAUCCUAAAGUUAUGUGCAGAUCCUGUCACACUGAAAGCCAGGAGUGAAGGACCGGCUGAGAUCAUUAGGCAUGUUUUGUUUGGUUACUUCAGCCAGAAAACAGGGCUGCUUGUUCACUUGGAAGACUCUCAUUUGACCCGCAUCCAGAAUAAUGGAGGUGAUGCAGUCUACUGGGAGACCACAAUCAACUCAUACCUUGAUGAUUAUAGGCCUGUUGAGGGAAUUGUGGUUGCUCACUCAGGUCGUUCUAUAGUGACUCUUUUUAGGUUUGGGGAUACAGCAAUGAGCCAUACAAGGACUAGGAUGGAAGAAGCAUGGGCAAUCGAAGAAGUGGCUUUCAAUGUUCCAGGCCUAUCGAUGGAUUGUUUCAUUCCCCCUGCCGAAUUAAGAUUUAGUUCUGUCAGUGAAACUUGCGAGCUAACUCAAGGUCAAAGAGUUAAAAAUGCAAUGGCAGCAGCAGCAUACAGGGCUAAAGUUGCCGCACUAGAGAAGUCUCGUGAUAGCAGUUUGAACAUCUCUUGGAGGCCAAAUGUUAGGGAAUAAAUGUUUGUGGUAAACUAUGGCACAAAUAGGGUAGUUUUCAUGUUUUCCUGUACUGACGUGAUUAGAAUGUCAACUGUAAGUUAGGUGCUUAGUUGUUUGCAAGUUUUGGCAUUGGAUCAAUGUCACUCUGAAUUUGUAAAUAGAUCAAAAUUAAUUUGGUGAUUCCA